AUGUCACACUCAAUUCAUUCUGGGGCUUCAGAAAUUGUUAACGAACACAACAAGCACAUUUUUCGUCCACCAACAUUCACUUCAACUGCCAUCAAGAGAUACUUCAAAAGUAGAGUCACUUCUUUAUGGGUAGGAAGAGAAGAAUUGAGCCAAUAUUCUUGGGGUGAACUUCUCAAUCCAUUUCAAGCAUUGACCGAAUUGAACUUGCACCAGUGGAAUUUCUUUUUGAUGGGUUUUUGGGGCUGGACAUGGGAUGCUUUUGAUUUCUUUGUCACGAGUUUAAACGUGACCAACAUUGCCACAGACUUGAAUGUGUCCACGAAAGAUGUCACGUGGGGUAUCACAUUGGUGUUGAUGUUUCGUACUGUGGGCGCUGUCAUUUUUGGUUCCAUUGGUGAUACCUUUGGUAGGAAAUGGCCCUAUAUUGUCAAUAUGAUUUUGCUCAUGGUCAUUCAAAUUGGUACUGGAUUUGUUACUACGUAUCAACAAUUUCUUGGCGUCAGAUCACUAUUUGGUAUUGCAAUGGGAGGCAUUUAUGGAAACUGUGCAGCAGAAGCACUUAGUGAUGCUCCAAAGAGAGCUAGAGGUGUCUUGUCUGGUAUUUUCCAAGAAGGGUAUGCUUUUGGAUACUUGUUGGCGGUUUGUUUUCAGAGAGCGUUUACAAUGACUGACAGGACAUGGCAAAAUAUGUUUUUCUUUUCUGCUGGUGUCCCUGUGAUCUUUAUUGUUUGGAGAUUUUGCAAUCCUGAGACUGACAACUAUCAACGUCAAAAAGCCAGAUUUGAAAAGGGUGCUUCUCAAAGAAACUCAAAAGUUGCUGAAUUCACUAGUCAAGCCAAGAAGGCUUGGAAAGCUUACUGGUUGAUUAUUGUGUACAUGGUGUUUAUGAUGUCGGGAUUCAAUUUUUCAUCGCACGGUUCACAAGAUUUGUAUCCCACCAUGUUGACCGAAGAGUACAAUUUCGGUCACGACAGGGCUACAGUUGUUAACGUUUGUGCCAAUUUGGGUGCAAUUACUGGCGGUAUUAUCAUUUCACACGCAUCAACAUUUAUUGGAAGACGUGCUGCUAUUUUGAUUGGUAAUUUCACUGCAGGAGCGUUUAUUUACCCUUGGGCAUUCAAACCAAUGUGGAUUACUGCAUUUUUCAUGCAGUUUGGAAUUCAAGGUUCCUGGUCAGUGGUCCCGAUCCACUUGAAUGAGUUGGCUCCACCUCAAUUCAAGUCAUUUGUUGUGGGAACUUCGUAUCAAUUGGGUAAUUUGGUCAGUUCGGCAAGUGCCACCAUUGAGGCCACAAUGAAUGAAACUUUGAACAAUUAUGGUAAAACAAUGGCUAUUUUCUUGGGUGCUAUCUUGGCUUACUUGAUUCCUGUUGUGUUUUUUGGUCCAGAGAAUAGGGGUGCUGAAUUGGGAGUCGAAAGAGAUGAUGAAAUGAGUAUUUAUGAUGUCGAUGACUUGGAUGAUGACAAGAAGGAUCCAGAUGCACAAAUUGGAGAUGUAAUGGAGCAACUGAAGGAAGAGAAGAGCAAACCGUUGAAGCAGGAGGCGAAGAAGGUUGUUAGAGCAGUUUAG